GCCCCCGCCGGGUCCCGCCCGCCGCGCCGCCGCUGAGCGCAUGGGCCGCGCCGCGCCGCCGCCGACCGGGACAGAUUGAUUCACUUUGGAGCUGUAAGUACUGAUGUAUUAGGGUGCAGCGCUCAUUGUUCAUUGACGCACAGAGUCCCAAAAUGAAUGUCCAAGAGCAGGGUUUCCCCUUGGACCUUGGAGCAAGUUUCACCGAAGAUGCCCCCCGACCCCCAGUGCCUGGUGAGGAGGGAGAACUGGUGUCCACAGACCCGAGGCCCGUCAGCCACAGUUUCUGCUCUGGGAAAGGUGCCAGCAUCAAAGGUGAGACCUCAACAGCCACUCCAAGGCGCUCAGAUCUGGACCUGGGGUAUGAGCCUGAGGGCAGCGCCUCACCAACCCCACCGUACUUGAAGUGGGCCGAGUCACUGCACUCCUUACUGGACGAUCAAGAUGGGAUCAGCCUGUUCAGGACUUUCCUGAAGCAGGAGGGUUGUGCCGACCUGCUGGACUUUUGGUUUGCCUGCAGCGGCUUUAGGAAGCUAGAACCCUGUGACUCGAACGAGGAGAAAAGGCUGAAGCUGGCGAGAGCCAUCUACCGAAAGUACAUCCUUGAUAACAAUGGCAUUGUGUCCAGGCAAACCAAGCCAGCCACCAAGAGCUUCAUAAAGGACUGCAUCAUGAAGCAGCAGAUCGAUCCUGCCAUGUUCGACCAGGCCCAGACAGAAAUCCAGUCCACCAUGGAGGAGAACACCUACCCCUCCUUCCUCAAGUCUGAUAUUUAUUUGGAAUAUACGAGGACUGGCUCGGAGAGCCCGAAGGUCUGUAGUGACCAGAGCUCUGGGUCAGGGACAGGGAAGGGCAUAUCUGGAUACCUGCCCACUCUGAACGAAGAUGAGGAGUGGAAGUGUGACCAAGACGCAGACGAGGACGAUGGCAGAGACACCGCCCCCCCCAGCAGGCUCACGCAGAAGCUGCUUCUGGAGACCGCCGCCCCGAGGGCCUCCUGCAGCAGACGGUACAGCGAAGGCAGAGAGUUCAGGUAUGGAUCCUGGCGGGAGCCGGUCAACCCCUACUAUGUCAACUCUGGCUACGCCCUGGCCCCGGCCACCAGUGCCAACGACAGCGAGCAGCAGAGCCUGUCCAGCGAUGCUGACACCCUGUCCCUCACAGACAGCAGCGUGGAUGGAAUCCCGCCAUACAGGACCCGCAAGCAGCACCGCAGGGAGAUGCAGGAGAGCAUCCAGGUCAACGGACGGGUGCCCCUACCUCACAUUCCUCGCACUUACAGAGUGCCAAAGGAGGUCCGUGUGGAGCCGCAGAAGUUCGCUGAGGAGCUCAUCCACCGCCUGGAGGCUGUUCAGCGCACGCGGGAGGCCGAGGAGAAGCUGGAGGAGCGGCUGAAGCGUGUGCGGAUGGAGGAAGAAGGUGAUGACAGCGACCUGGCCGGCCCCCUGGGGGUGAGUCACAAGCUGCUUUCUGCACCGGUCUGGCACCACUUCACGCCCCGCUACGUGGACGUGGGCUGCGGGGGCCUGCGGGACGCUCAUGAGGAGAACCCCGAGAGUAUCCUGGACGAGCACGUGCAGCGGGUCCUGAGGACACCUGGCUGCCAGUCACCGGGGCCCGGCCAUCACUCCCCCGACAGUGGGCACACGGCCAAGAUGGCAGCAGUGCUGGGGGGCGCGGCCUCGGGACACGGUAAGCAUGUGCCCAAGGCAGGGGCGAAGCUGGACGCAGUCGGCCUGCAUCACCACAGGCACGUCCACCACCACGUCCACCACAGUGCGGCCCGGCCCAAGGAGCAGACGGAAGCUGAGGCAGUGCGCAGGGUCCAGGGCAGCUUCGCAUGGGGUCCGGAGCCACACGGCCACACAGCCAAGCCCCGCAGCUACUCGGAGAGUGUGGGUGCCACUGCCGGCACUGGGGACAUUCUGGCCUAUGGCGGGAAAGCCAUCAUGGCCUCCAAAAGAAAUGCCAAGAAGGCCGAUGCGGGAAAGAGUGCCAGCGCCGAGGUGCCAGGGCCCUCGGAGGAUGCAGAAAAGAACCAGAAGAUCAUGCAGUGGAUCAUAGAGGGGGAGAAGGAGAUCAGCAGGCACAGGAAGGCCGGCCACGGGUCUUCUGGGGCGAGGAAGCAGCAGACCCACGAGAACUCCAGGCCCUUGUCCAUUGAGCGUCCUGGGGCUGUGCACCCCUGGGUCAGUGCCCAGCUCCGGAACUCCAUCCAGCCCUCUCACCUCUUCAUUCAAGAUCCCACAAUGCCACCCAAUCCAGCCCCUAACCCCCUCACCCAGCUGGAGGAGGCCCGCAGGCGUCUGGAGGAGGAGGAGAAGAGGGCCAGCAAGUUACCCUCAAAGCAGAGGACGAAGUCGCAGAGGAGGGCGGGCGGUGGGAAUUGCCAGCCGUGUGACAGCAUUGUCGUGGCCUACUAUUUCUGUGGGGAGCCCAUCCCCUACCGGACCCUGGUGCGGGGCCGCGUGGUCACCCUGGGCCAGUUCAAGGAGCUGCUGACCAAGAAGGGCAGCUACAGAUACUACUUCAAGAAAGUGAGUGACGAGUUUGACUGUGGCGUAGUGUUUGAGGAAGUGCGGGAGGACGAGGCCAUCCUGCCUGUCUUUGAGGAGAAGAUCAUUGGCAAGGUAGAGAAAGUGGACUGACCGCAGGCCUGGCCGCUGCACCCGGCAGGGCCCUCAGCAGGCGGGGUGGCCACACUGAGGAUGAGCAUCAGGCACGUGGAUGACCUUGCACUCAGGAGCCCCAUUCAUGGGAGCAGCUCGGGGCUGUGUGUGUCACGUGCUCCUAGCGUGCGGCAGACACACAGGUACUGGGAGGUGCUGGGUGUGUCCCACCUUGGUUCAUCUGUGUUGGGGUGGGUGGGGGUCCCCCUGAGUGGUCUUGCAGUUUCUGUCUUGCCAUGGAGGACGGAGCCCCGUGCACUCCCCACAGCAAUACUGUCCUGCCAAGAGAGGCAGCCCUCGGAGAGCUGCUUCGUGACCCCCCGCAGUGGCCCCUGCUGCUAACUGAGGGGCUGCCCCCUGCGCUGGCUCUGGGUGCUGGCUUGCUGGUGUCCACUUCUCCGUCUGGGGAUUGCCCACCUCUGCUGUCCUGGUCAGGUGUAGCCCCAGGUCUGGUGCGGGGCCCUGCGGAGGCCUCUGUAAAUUGUACUUGUCACUGAGUGCCUUCAACACAGCUGUCUCUUGCCUGCCACUGUGUGAACCCAGCAACGGAGCCCCCGGCACCCCCCCCCCCGCCCUCUGUCUCCAGCUGCGCCGGCUCAGCGGGUCCUGGGCCCUCCUUUCUAGGAGCCCGUGUAAAUAUGUACAUUUCUCAGGCCAAGGCCAGCAGGGGGCUGCCCCCCCCCCCCCGCUCGUUUUUCAUGCGAUGACUUGUACAAUUAUCUUUUCAAAGGUACUUGGAUAAUGAUGAAAUAAAACCA